AUGCCGGCAUCGGCGGCGGAGGCCACGAUAACCAGCAAGACCUCCUCAACGGUGGUCGUCCACACCGGCGAGCAUCUGUUCAAGGUCGUCGGCCACUCCCUGGUCACAGGAAGCAACACCAUCCUCACCUCCGAGACCUUCCGCGCCGGCGGCCACGACUGGGCUACCGCCUACCACCCAAACGGCCGCGUCCCGAGGGUUGAUGAGCAGUUGACGUCUGUGUUCCUCAAGCUGAUAAGCCCCGGCCAUGGUGAGGUCAGGGCGUCCUACUCCUUCUGCCUCCAGGAUCCUGAAUCGCCAUCGACCAACAGAUUUAUUUUUGGCAAAACAUCAUGUAAGUUCUUGUUCGGGGGUAAGGGUUUGGGCACCAGCAGCUUUGUGAGCAAAGCCGAUUUGACCGCAUCCGGGUGCCUCAAGGAUGACUGCCUGGUGAUCAAGUGCACCGUUGAAGUCUACAAAGUCAUCUCUGAGGAUAAAGAUAACGGUAACAUCACCGUGCCGCCCUCCAACUUGAGCAUAGAUCUCAGCGAUAUUCUAGAGAGCGGCCUGAAGGCAGAUCUCACUGUCAAGAUCGGUUCGUCCAAGAGUUUCAAGGUGCAUGCGUGCGUGCUGAGUGCGCGGUCACCGGUCUUCCGCGCACAACUAUGCGGCUCCAUGAUGGAAAGCAGGCAUAGCAGCAUCUGCAUCGAGGGUAUGGAUGAUAAGGUUUUCGGGGUCUUGCUGCACUACAUGUACAAGGACUCCCUGCCGGCAUUCAUGGAGGAGACCACGGAAGAGGCGACAAACAUGGCGCAACAUUUACUCGUCGCAGCUGAUCGAUAUGCGGUAGAAAGACUGAAACUGAUGUGCGAGAGCAAGCUGAGCAAGGCGCUGGAUGUCAAGACCGCGGGCUUCACUUUGGAUCUGGCUGAGCGGUACAAUUGUCAACAGCUCAAGGGUUGCUGUCUCAAGUAUAUGGCAAGAGACUUUGAGAGGUUGCGAGACAUAAAACGAAGCGAAGGAUUUGAGCAAUUGAAGAAGAACCAUCCACUUGUCGUGUGUGAUAUUUUCGAUGAAGUUAUUGAGAAACUGAAUCGACAGGUUGUAAUUACUUUUCCUUCGUGA